AUGGUGCAAUCAUCGUCCGUCCAAAUCCAACGUGCUGCGCCACCGCGGGCGAGAGGAGAGAGGAAAGAUAAUUCGAGCCCGGUCUCCCUUCCCUACCGACUCAUCUUCUCUUCUGCUGCUGCUGCUGCUGCUUCGGCCAUGGCGAUGUCCGACAUCUUGGUGCUGCUCGUGGUCGCCGCCGCUGGGGUGGGGCUGUCACAGGCCGUCGUUUACAAGGUCGGAGAUGCGGUGGGGUGGACCACCAUGGGGAGUCCCAACUACACCGCCUGGGCCAUCUCCAAGACGUUCCACAAGGGAGACACCGUAGUGUUCGAGUACAACAACACCUACCACAAUGUGCUGGAGGUGAGGAGGGAGGACUACAAGGCGUGCAAGGCGGCGUCGCCCAUCGCCACCUACACCUCCGGCAACGACUCCAUCAAGCUGAAGCGCCACGGCCACCACUUCUUCAUAUGCGGCAAGCCCGGCCACUGCGAAGCCGGCCAGAAGGUGGACAUCAGGAUCCCCAAGCCCACGUCUUCUGCUGCCCCUUCCGGCUCUCCCGCCGGAUCCCCUCGUCCCGCCACUGGCGGCAAGGGGGACGUCUCCAGUCCCGUGGCCUCCCCUGGGCCCAGUGGCGUUGCUACAGCUGCGCCCGGGGGCCUUGCUUUUGCUCUGACGCUGCUUCACCUUGCUGCUCUCGCUGGUGGCCUCCUUCCGCAGUAGUUAUCGCAGGGGGGCAGUGCCUUUGAGAUGAUGUUUCUGAACAUGAUCUCAAUUGUUCUCUUGCGGUUGUAGUCGAUGAACAUUCAUGCUCCAUUUUGGGUGGCUUUGAUAUUGAAUAAAAGGAUACUUUUUUGUUAUAA